AACCAGUUACCAACUGUUGAAUCACAUCUUAACUAUUGUUCAUUGUUGUCCUAAAACCAAAUUAGAUCCACAGCAUGCACAAGGUUCAACUUUUCUCUCAAAGCCUAUUUGUAAUUCUGGCAGUGCUGAUUUAUCUCUCUCAACUCUCUCGUGCUGAUGUUGGCACAUCUGCCCACUACAGAACCCCAUAUUUACCCACAGCCUGCUAUGGAAACAAUGCAGCACAGUUCCCUUCAAGCAACCUCUUCGCGUCGGCCGGCGAGGGGAUAUGGGACAAUGGUGCUGCAUGUGGGAGGCAGUAUUUGGUGCGGUGCAUAAGCGCGGCUCACCCUAGAACCUGCAUUCCAGGCCAAACAAUUCAAAUAAGGAUCGUUGAUCGAGCACUCAGUUCAGUUUCUAGGCCUUCCCGGCAUGGUGCCACCAUUGUUCUUUCUAAAACUGCAUUUGGGAUGAUUGCCAAACCUUCAGCCUCAUGUAUUAACAUAGAAUUUCAGCAGGUUUGACUAUUUGAAACAAGGCAGGAGACAAAGGGAUUAAGGGGGGCAAUUGCUAUUACUUCUCUUCCUGCCAAUGGUUUGCUAUUUCAAGUGUGGCUAUUGAUGCGGUUUUAUAGUUACCUUACACGAUUUUGUGGUAUAUGUAUUGUUUUACGUAAGAGGGCUACCUAUUACCAAUAAAAUUUGCAUUCUCAAUUUAUUAGUA